CAAUCAGAUCACUCAACACGUCUUCACAUCUCGGAUAUUGCCGUUCGUCUUUCUCUCUUUUUCGGAAUUUGCAGCGUGACCAACGUUUCGUGUCUUUCGCAGACUUAAAAAUGCGUUACGUGGCCGCUUACCUUUUGUCUGUGCUGGGUGGCAACACCAGCCCCUCUGCCAAGGAUAUCAAAAAUAUCUUGGGGAGUGUAGGAAUCGAGGCCGAUGAUCAACGUCUUAACAAGGUCAUCAGCGAAUUGAAUGGCAAAGACAUCAAUGAAGUCAUGAAUGCAGGCCUCUCUAAGCUAGCCUCCGUACCAGCGGGUGGUGCUGUGGCAGUCUCUGCAUCUGCACCGAGUGGUGGGGCUCCAGCAGCAGAAGCACCUGCAGCGGAAGAGAAAAAGGAGGAGAAGAGAGAAGAAUCUGAAGAGUCAGAUGAAGACAUGGGCUUUGGACUCUUUGAUUAAUCUUUUUCUGGAAAAACAUAAUAAAAAUGGAAAUGCUGUUGAACCUUA